UCUCAGUCUCUCCAUCCUUUCGUUCUCGAGCCCGCCUCUGAUCUCGCCUUUACCUGCAUCUUUGCUCGCGCACUCAAUCCACACGUUUGUCGCAGCAAUGGCCUCAAUCCUUGACGUCAUAUAUGGCUUGUGGGAGCCCGUCGUCUUCCUCGGCCUCUCUGCGGCAUACCUGCCAUCCACUGUGCUCCAGAUCUUCCGUGAUCGCCAGUGGGGAGCGUUCGUAUCGUUUGACCAGUUUAGCUACAUUUGGUUUGCCAAUCUUUGGCGGUUUGCUGGCCCAAUGGUCCGCGAAGGGGCCGAGGCUCGCGUGGUCCCUCUGCUGCAGGGCCGCGUCCGUGCUGGGGCAAUCGUUAGUCCGCAUGACGAUGGCACCAUACUUCCCGGCGGCGUUGGCGGUACGGUCAUCGAAGUCGGGCCUGGCAGCGGCAACUGGGUCAACCUUUUCUCGGACAAGUACCUAUCGGACGAUGGAAACCGCCAACGUAGUGGCGGGUAUCGCACUCGAGUCGAUAAGGUCUAUGGCGUAGAACCAAACGCUGAUCACCACGCCGCCCUUCGGCAGCGCGUCCAAGACGCCGGUCUCGAGGGGCGCUACGAAGUGGUGCCGGUGGGCAUUCAAGAUAUUGGAAGGUCCGGGCUCAUAGCCAAGGGCAGUGUCGACGCUAUCGUCACCGUCAUGUGUCUCUGCAGUAUUUCCGAGCCCGAACAAAACAUCCGGGAGCUCUACACGUAUCUUAAGCCGGGGGGUCGCUGGUUCGUGUAUGAGCACGUCAAGUGCAACCGCAGCCAGGGCGGUUUCAUGACCGUUUACCAGCGCAUUCUAAAUCUCAUUUGGCCCUCGUUCAUGGGCGGCUGUGACCUCUGUCGCGACACUUCAACUUCGCUGUUUGCCGCUGGCGAGUGGAAAGAUUUUGAUCUUGCUAUGCCGGUGGACGAGCCCUGGUGGGCGACGACACCACACACUUAUGGCAUCAUCACAAAGUGAAGCUCGUUUACAAAAUUAUAUGUUAUGGUUGGCACAUGCAUACGGUAUGGUUGGCACAUGCAUACGGUAUGGUUGGC